CAUUCGUUGGAGUCCAUCCAUUGUACACACGAGAAAACCUAUAGCUUUGAGAAAUGGACCGUAGUCCCCUCGACUGUUACGUGUGUGGAAGGAGCUGUCUUCUCCGUAUUCGCCUGUCUACAUUCUUAUGCUCAGCAAUGUUCACCUUGGGGGUUGUGUUGCUCAACGGCAAGCACGAGCUCGUCCAGCUCAUUAGCUCCGGACACUCCAGACCAUCUCGCUGAAUUUCUUAUCGAUACGUCACAUGAAACAGCUGAAGUGUGUGCCAACUGCGAUCAGGCCCGAAUGUUUUCCGCGCACCGGUCGUCGGUUGCGAGAGUCACGCAGCGCGUACGCGGUCGCGUUUCUUGUGCGCAGCAUUCUGAGCCUUAUAUUCUCUACUGCACGGAAAACAAAAGUCUGGCAUGCAUUCAGUGUUUCAACGAACGCCCAGCGGAAGACAGGCAUUACUUCGUUUCGAUCGAUGCUGGCUACAAGUCAUGCACAGAGAAGAUCGAGAAAUGGGCUAUGAAGCUUCGAUUAUACCAAAGGAAAAAACGAGAAGAAAUGCGAAGUAAGACAGGCGAAUACGAGCUGAACACAAUAACUAAUUUACAGACGGCCCCAAGUAGAGCAAGCACCGCGCAUCAGUAUGCUCAUCGUAUCACAAGCCUAUUCCAACUAUGUCAACAAAUUCAUGACACGGUACUGUCGACACGUGAUCGUUUGGCCCUCGAAUUGGAGCAGACCCAGGAGGAAGCUGAGCGAACCUGUCGCCAACAAAUCAAGGAAAUCACUUCAAUUAUGGGGCCUAUACGACUUUGUCUGCUGUCAGCACAGAUUCUCUGCUCUUCGGCAUCACCUAUAGACACAUUGCAACUUUCCAGCGAGCUCCAUAAAAGGGUCCAGUCUAUUACAUCACGAUCAAUUGACAAGCUGUCAUCAGUCCGUUCGAUUGACCCGAUAGAAGCUCGCACGGAAAUUGCUAAGGCUCUGGAGCCAUUUCUUGGCUUGUCAGCUGCAUGGUGCCCGAUUGCCGUCGCCCGUGAAGGCUCGCAAGAGGGCAGUGGAAGCAUGAAGUCCUUCAAAACACGUUCCGGGUCGCACUCAAUGCCAACGAUGUUAACCAAAUUCCAAACAAUGAUCGAUCUUUCUGGAGCGUUCGGAUCGAUAUUCGCAAGAGUUGAAGAACCUUUAAAACAAUUGUCGUCGCUGAGUCAACUGGGUGACAGGGUACAAGAGGCACAAAGGGAUCUUACAAUGAGACGCUUUGCGCUGAUUACGAACUCCACUGGACUACAUCAGCUUUUGAAUGAUCUGCAGCCUGAAUUACAACAGAUGUGGCAAGAGCAGCUGGACAGGGUCAGAAGGCAGCAGAUCAUUUACAGAGAAAAGAUCGAGGAAUGCUUGUCGAUGCGAGAAACAGCCCGCCAUGUUCUCACGGCCGCCAAGCAAUUGCUACCGUAUGCAGCUUGCAUUGAGAGUAUGAGUGCGCUGAUCGAUCCAAAGCGCUGCCAUCCACCAGAUCCGGCUCCUAUGGAAAGUAUUUGCAUGCAAAUUACUGGUAUUGAACCGAAUAGUGAGAGCAGAAUACAGGCGAUUGAGAAGGAGGAGCAGAAUCGAAGAGCUGUACAAGAGGCGAAAAAGCGUGAGGAGCUAGCUGAGCGAGGAACAUCCGUGAAAAGUCUGAAACAUGGAAAAGCAAAGCGGAAGGACACUAAUAGAUCGAGGAAUGCUUGUCGAUGCGAGAAACAGCCCGCCAUGUUCUCACGGCCGCCAAGCAAUUGCUACCGUAUGCAGCUUGCAUUGAGAGAGCGCUGCAGUUCUUCACUGAUGGUCAGCACGCCAUCCAUUCAGCCGGCGCCAUUACCAUCCCUAGAGCAACUUCUCGGCCGAAUACCGCUGGCUAGCCGGGUCACCGUUGAUGUUGGUGAGGAUACCCUGGUUCACAUACCUGCUCCCUCUUCCUCCUUCCGAAAUUUUUCAUUUUUAGGAGUGUCACACCAGUCAAUGCUCCAGUCCCUUCACGAUGUGUUCGCCAGUCAAAAGUCAGACAGUGAGACGCCAAUUUGUGAAGAACCGAAUGUGCUGGCAAGCGUCGUGAAAAUCGCACAAAAGAAACAAGGUGUACCGAGUCUUGUUGCUGGUAAACACAAAUCGAGAACGAAGUCCAGGCGGAACAGAUUCGACCAUCAUCAAUCCCCUGUUGUACGGGAGGAAACGGUGUCCGACAUGGAAUCCGAAUCAACCGUGUGGCGUGAGAAUUUCGAGCUGAUUGGCGAAGACAAAUUGGAAACCGCUGAUUUAUUCAUCGAGGAGGAGGGGUCCAAAAUAUCGAAAAAUUCACUUGAAGGAAAUGUUGAGAGCGUUACCAAAAGUUUAUCCAUUCGGGUAUUCAACGAAAGUGAAAUGGCGCUGAAGAAACUGGGAUCGUUUGAGGCCAAGGAGAAAGUGCUGCGCUCGUUGAGGGAAAAAAUUCGGAAAUCUGAGGAAAGCUGA